UUUGUGGACCUCACCGUAAGGCUUGAGAAGUCUGCAUCGUAUGAUGAGAUCAAAGCUGCUAUCAAGGCAGAGUCCGAGGGCAAGCUUAAGGGAAUUUUGGGUUACAUUGAAGAAGAUGUUGUCUCCACAGAUUUCAUUGGUGACAGCAGGUCGAGCAUAUUUGAUGCCAAGGCUGGUAUUGCUCUGAACGGAAACUUUGUGAAACUCGUUUCCUGGUAUGACAACGAAUGGGGUUACAGGUAAAAAGCAUGCUUCCACUUUAUUUCCUUU